UUUGAUUCUUUGCUAUGUUAAUAAUUUCAGUCCGAGCAUGAUGGGUUAGAUGUACAAGUGCACCUGAAUGUUGAACAUCAUUAUGAAGCAGAUGUAAUUCCCAACAUGUCAAGGUCACCUAGGGUAAAGUACAUAACCUAUUAUGAAGACUCUGACAGUCUUCCUGGAAAGAGAACAGCAGUUUGGGAGCUUGACAAGGCAAAUCACAGGCACAUUGUUAGAUCUCCAGUUCUAAUGUGGGAAUUGUGGCUUGAGAUGUGGCAUGAUAGCCAUCCUGAUUCAAAAUCAAAAUUUGUUACAAAAGCUAAGCGUGGACCUUUGACGGAAGAUGACUGUUAUUGGGAUUAUGGAAAAGCAUAA